AUGACUGCUUCAAAUAAUAGUAAUGGUCUUACCAAUAUUGGAGAAGUCAAUUCUUUAACCACUCCAACUACACCUUCUAGUGGUAGUUCACAUUAUCCAACAUCAAAUACACAUCCUUCUUAUUAUUAUGAUUCAUCCGGUGGUGGUGGAAAUUGUGGACAAACUACGACAGUAUUAAAUGCUACUAAUCAUUAUUAUCAAUCUAUGAUCAAUGCAACUGCUUAUCAUCCAAAUCCUAAUUCAGUGUCUACCCCAACAACAAACUCUUCUACCAGUACAGGAAGUAGUACUGGAAGUAACAUUGACUCCGACAACCACAUAACAGAAUCUGUUUCUAAUUGUGUUUAUUCAACACAAAGUACUUCUGGUUGGAUUAAUGAAAAUGAUGACAAAAUUAAAGAAGAAGAAGGGUUAGACGAUAAAGGAAAUGUUGCUGUGUAUGCUUGGAUGACGAGAGCUCAUUCUACUGGAGGUUCAACUAGAGGAGAAAAAAGACAACGAACAGCAUAUACACGUUCACAGGUAUUGGAACUAGAAAAAGAAUUUCACUUUAAUAAAUAUUUAACUCGUAAACGUCGUAUUGAAAUAGCACAUUCAUUAAUGUUAACAGAACGACAAGUCAAAAUAUGGUUUCAGAAUCGUCGAAUGAAACACAAGAAAGAGAGUAAAGAUCCAGCACCAGUUAUGCCAGGCAUGAUGGGAAGUACAUUUGGAAAUAAUCAGUAUAAUCCUGGAAAUGGUAAUCAUAUGGCAAUGGCUGCAGCAGUUGCAGCAGCGGCUGGAAUGCCAUUUGCUACGGGUUUUCAACAACUAGCUAGUUUUCCUAGCAAUUUUUUACUGACAAAUCCAUACUGA